GAUGUUGCGUCAGCGAAAUUGUGCUGUUACGGAUAAACAACAUGGCGACGUCCGUACAGCGCCUCACGUCUGCUGGGAGAUUUCUCCUACAGAGACAUUUACUGAAGAAGAAUUCUGUAAGCAGGUUCACAACUGGACCGCGCAGAGCCUUGGCUACCCAGGCUGCUCCCCAGGUGGCGCUAAAUGUUCCUGAAACUAAGGUGACUACGUUAGAAAAUGGACUCCGGGUGGCGUCUGAGGACUCUGGGCUCUCCACCUGCACCGUGGGCUUGUGGAUCGAUGCCGGCAGCCGCUACGAGAAUGAGAGAAAUAAUGGCACAGCACACUUCCUGGAGCAUAUGGCUUUUAAGGGCACCAGGAAACGCUCUCAGCUUGAUCUGGAAUUGGAGAUUGAGAACAUGGGGGCUCAUUUGAAUGCUUACACAUCCCGCGAGCAGACUGUGUACUAUGCCAAAGCUUUCUCCAAGGAUCUUCCACGAGCUGUGGAGAUCCUGGCUGACAUCAUCCAGAACAGCACGCUGGGAGAGGCGGAGAUCGAGAGGGAGCGAGGGGUGAUUCUUAGAGAGAUGCAGGAAGUGGAGACCAAUCUGCAAGAAGUGGUCUUUGAUUACCUGCAUGCUACAGCUUACCAGUCCACGGCGCUGGGAAGAACUAUUCUGGGCCCCACUGAGAACAUCAAGACGAUCAACAGAGGAGACCUGGUGGAGUAUAUCACCACCCACUACAAAGGGCCCAGAAUAGUGCUGGCUGCUGCUGGAGGUGUUUGUCAGGACGAGCUCAUCGAUCUGGCCAAAUAUCACUUUGGAAAACUUCCCGCCAGGUAUCAAGGUGAAGCCCCGACACUUCCUCCGUGCCAGUUCACAGGAAGUGAGAUCCGCGUGCGUGACGACAAAAUGCCCCUGGCUCACAUUGCCAUUGCUGUGGAGGCAGUCGGAUGGUCUCACCCCGACACAAUCCCGCUCAUGGUGGCCAACACACUUAUUGGAAACUGGGAUCGUUCGUUUGGUGGAGGCGUGAAUCUAUCCAGUAAGCUGGCUCAGAUGGCCUGUCAGGGAAACCUGUGCCACAGCUUCCAGUCCUUCAACACCUGCUACACAGACACAGGCCUCUGGGGCCUCUACAUGGUGUGCGAACCUGGCACCAUCAACGACAUGAUGCACUUCACUCAAAUGGAAUGGAUUUCUCUUUGUACCAGCGUGACAGAAGGGGAGGUGGCUCGGGCCAAGAAUCUGCUCAAGACCAACAUGCUCCUGCAUCUUGACGGAUCCACCCCGAUCUGUGAAGACAUCGGCAGACAGAUGCUGUGCUACAGUCGCAGGAUCCCUCUGCAUGAGCUGGAAGCCCGAAUUGAUGCCAUCGACACCAACACCAUAAAGGAGGUGUGCACCAAAUACAUCUACAACAGAGCUCCUGCCAUCGCAGCAGUUGGUCCAAUCGAACAGCUGCCUGACUACAACCAGAUCCGCAGCGGGAUGUUCUGGAUGAGAACGUGAGCAGAACCACUCUGAGGAACUUUCAGCUGUGCAAAAAUACAAUAUUUAAGUCAUGAGUUAUUUUUUUCCUUCUUUUUUAUUAUAAAAUAAAGACCAACACAAUAAUGUUAAAAUAACACAGAUUCUA